UUCCCAAAAAUUCCCUCAAAAUCGAUUCAGUAGUAUAAAAUAAAAACUUUUAAUAACUCGUUUAUGAAUGCAUGUACUAUUUUUCUUGCUUGAAUUAACCAUGUACGUUAAAUAUUCACAAAAUCCGACCCCCAAUCCACCGACCCCUCAUAAAUAAUAUUUAAUUAUUUGAUUUUUUAACUAAUUGAGUGUGUUUUUUUUCCAUAAUUCAAUCCACACUAAUUUUGUAAAAAAAAAAUCCAUUUUCCUGAAAAUUUGUAUCCCUUUCAUACACAAAACCACCCCCCCCCCCUCAAACACAUACACUCCAAUGACAACUCGCGUCAGAAUUUAGAGCGUACCGUUGAAAAAUUUCGUAUGGAAGUACGAAAAAAUGGAACAUCUACAAAAGCACUUUAUGGAUUGGCAAUUGCAUUGGAUCGUUUGGCUGAAAAGUUACGUAGCAAUAAAUUGUUAGUGGAAUCGAUACAAGCGUAUGAGAAUUUAUUAUCGUAUGGGAAAAAUAUACCGGAAAUGUUGUAUAAAAAAGUUGCUGAUCGUUGUAUUAAUCGUAUGCGAUUUAAAGGUGAAAAUGCUCGAGCAAUAACCAUUCACAAAGCUUUAAUAGAAAAAUUUCCGACCGAUGUGAAUUUUCGAAAUAAUUUAACGAUCACAUAUUUGAUCAUUGAUAAGUUAGUAUCUGCACGUCGUAAUGUUCUUGAUACGCUUAAAAAGUGGCCCAAUAAUGGUUUAGCAAAAACAUUAUAUGGUUUCAUUUUAAAAACAAGUGAUAAUAAUAUUGAGAAAAGCGUGAAAUAUUUAAAAGAAGGAAUUGAAUCGAGGGAACCAGGUGUUUUAGAUGGACGAUUUUUCUUUCAUUUAGGCGAUGCAUUGCUACGGUUAGGUCGAUCAUCAGAAGCUAUGGAAGUUUAUGAAACGGGAGUUAAAGAAGGAUUUUUCCUGUCAAAGUAUCAAAGAUCAUUAUACAAUGUAGACCGAUUAACUGGCCGACCAUGGUGGACCAAAGAACAAACCACAUACAAGAAAUUCUUCGAUCUUUUGGAAGAAAAUUGGAUGAAUAUUCGUAAGGAAGGUUUAUCGUUACUAAAUUCAAAAGGUCUGUUCAAAGAUGAAGCAGAGAAUUUAAUUGAUGUGGGCGAUUGGAAACAAUUUGAAUUGUUUAGUCGUGGUCGUAAAGUACCAAAAAAUUGUAAACAAGCACCGUACACGUGUAGUUUAGUUGAAUUUUUUACACCAGCUAGUCAUUGCCGACGCGGACAAAUUAAAUUUAGUGUUAUGCAUCCAGAUACACAUGUAUGGCCACAUUGUGGACCCACAAAUUGCCGAUUGCGAGCACAUUUGGGUUUGAAGAUACCACCAAAAACAUUUAUUCGUGUUGCUGAAUCUACUAGAACCUGGACCGAAGGAAAAAUCAUCAUUUUUGAUGACAGCUUCGAACAUGAAGUCUGGCAUAAUGGAACCGAAACCAGACUAAUAUUAAUUGUGGAUGUAUGGCAUCCAGAAUUAACUGCUAACGAAAAACAAACGUUACCUGCUAUUUAAUUCGCCUAAUUUUUUAGACUAAUUAAACGCCUAAUACUAUUUUUAAAUAUUAAUAUUUUAGUGAUCUGACAUUAUUAUUAUAUAAAAAAAGCAUAUAGUGAUCUGCUAAUUUAAUUUAUAUGUAAAGAAGAAUCUCUAGAAAUGGUUAAAAGUUGCCAGAAUUAGAAUUAGUAGGGACCAAUUUAGGAUUUUGGUCAUUCUACCAGAAAUAUUAUAGGUCGUACGAUAUGAAUCUCUCCAAAAUGUGUCUAUUUAAAAUUAUUAUGGAACAAUAAGUCAAAUUUUAGAUUCACACUUAAUUUGGACGUUCCCAAACUUUUACGUCAUUUCUAACUUAGUGCUAAUUAGUCAAAUAUGAAAUAAUGACAUUUAUACGUAAAAAGAAUCUCAAGAAAUGAUUAAAAGUUGCCAGAUUUCGAGUUGGUAGAGAAAAUUUUGGUAGAUUUCGAACCUACUAUGAAUAUUAUCGAUCUUGCGACUGAAUCUCUUCAAGAUGUGUCAGUCAAACUUUAUUAUGGAAAAAAGUGCCGAAUUUUUAAUCUGCACUUAAUUUGGACGUUUAUCUGAAACUUUUACGUCAUUUCUAUAGUGCUAAUUAGUCAAAUAUGAAAUUAUAACAUUUUUACGUAAAAAGAAUCUCAAGAAAUGAUUAAAAGUUGUCAGAUUUCGGAUUGGUUUAAGAACAUUUUAGUAGAUUUCGAACCUACUAUGAAUAUUAUAGAUCUUGCGACUGAAUCUCUUCAAGAUUUGUCACUUAAACGUUAUUUUGGAAAAAAAAAGUGCCAUAUUUUAAAUUUGCACUUAAUUUAGACGUUUAUCCGAAACUUUAACGUCAUUUCUAACUUAGUGCUAAUGAAUCAAAUCUGAAAUUAUGACAUUUAUACCUAAAAAAGAAUCUCAAGAAAUGAUUAAAAGUUGCCAGAUUUCGGGUUGGUUUAAGAACAUUUUGGUAGAUUUCGAAUCUUUUACACCAUUUCUAACGUAGUGCUAAAUAGUCAAACACGAAAUUAUGACAAAUGUAUUAUUAACAUUAUUUAGUCGUUAUUCAAAGUAUUAACCUGCGCGUACGUAAGUUAGUAACUAGUUAAAAUUGUUACAAUCCAUGUGAAUAGAGGACCUACUAAGCCUAUUUUGUAGGUAAAUAAUAUUACAUUGACUGUCUUUAGCCGAUAAAAAUGUUUGAAAGUUGUUAGAAAAUCGCAACCAAGGCGCAACUACUAGUGCAGUACUCUAAGAGACCCUAUAUCAAGAUUUUUUGGGGAGAAUAUGUAGACCCAUUUUUGAUCGCUGGAUAAAAAUCCGAUGUCAAAUAACAUGGAUUCUGUCACAUCUUCCGAAAAUCGUACCAAAAAACCCACAAUAUUUUUUUGACACCCCUCGAGCACAGUUUGGACGAUAAAUACUUAAAUUAAAACGGUUAGUAUUGAAUUUUGACCCAGGUAUUUAAGAGAUCCACUGUCCCUCUGAGUUUCAUCCGCCCUGCCUAAAUCAUUGCUACCUCUGAUAUGAUGGUACCCUUGAGAACUACAUAUUGUUAUCAUAAUGCCAUUUGACCACUGCCAAAGUAUUUGCAAACAUUUUUAUCGAUUAAACACAGUCAUUACAAAAUUUAAAAUAAGGUUCUCUACAUUUAUUUCAUAAUUAAACUUGAAAAAUGCAUUAUUGCGAACAAUUUCUCUUUAUAACGUCAUGCAGUUAAUAUGACGGACACUGUUAAGCUGUUUAGCGUGAAAUUUGAGCACAUGCUGUAAUUUCGAUCAGAGUGCCAUUUAGAUAAAAAGCAGCGAUAAAGCUGAAAAUAUUUGAGCUUCAAUUAAUUGACAUUAUCAUUACAAUUGAUAUUUUGAAGCAAUUUUAAAAUACUUCAGACAAACAGUUGCGCUUGUUAGAUAUUAUUUAAUAAUUAUUUAUAAAAUAUUAAAAUAAAUAACGAUAUUAUGUUAAUAAAACUAUGGGUUGUUGUUUAUCCAAAUAGGUUACGAAAUAACAUAGAUCGAUAAGUCAACUUGACGCUUGAGCUACAGUUUGAUUCUGCUUUUUAUCUAGAUGACAUUCUGAUCGCAAUUAUACCAUGUGAUCAAAUUUGACGCUAGAAGCUAGCGUCAAGCGUCACCAUGAGCUUGACCUGCACCUUUAAGCUAACAAAAAUAUCUUCUAAUACGAAAUAUUUUGAGUAACUAAAUUAAUCCAAAAAAAAUCCGCCCAGAAAUAAAUUCUAAAUUUCAAAAUACUUUUCUCCAUUCAAGUUUAAAUAUGAAUUUAACCAGGCCGCGUUCGUUAUUUAACAAUAAUGUGACGUUAUCGACAUAAUGUACAAUAUUUUGAAUCGAUUACACGUCAUAUUUUGAUGUUGAAUAACGAAAAGGCAGCCCUAUUAAAAAAAAACCGAAACUUGUUGAAUGUUAAAUACAAAAAAAUAAAAAAGAUCUAAAGUGCCUGAUAUUUAUUGAGUAAGAUAAUUUUUUUUGUUAAGUACUUAAAAACGGAAUCUUUAAAAGGAAUCUAAAAAAAACACAACGCGAUUAUAUUAUUUUUAAAA